AUGAUCCAAGACAUUGAAGUGACAGAGACGGAAAUUUUGGUAAGUUCUGAAGUUCAAUCCAUGUACACAAACAUUACAGUCGAGAAUGCAGUCACCGCCCUGCUGGAGGUCUUGGAACGAGAGGAGGAUCCCCCGGAAGCAGAGCGAAUAAAAAAGCAGUUGCUAACACAACUACUCUACAUUUUUAGGCAAAUCUAUGGGCAAAUAUUUGAACUAACUAUGAGAUCUUCACUCACAAAUCUUUUGGCCAAUGGAUUAAUGGACAACUUGGAAAGAAACUCCGAGAAGCUACCGCCGCAGCAAAGACUCCCUGACUGCCAGGCCCCCGAAGUUGUAUUGGUUUAUUCGAAACUGACAUCACUCGCUGAUAACGACUUCGCUGGAUUGCCGAAAACCCCUGCCCCCACAUUCUUCAUUGCUAUCCCUUUUCCUCCGGUUAGUGGUAGAUCCCUGAUCCAGGCGUCUCCUUUUCGCUGGUCUUGCUCUAUUCUUGUUUCUCCCGAGUUUGCUUAUGCAGUAAGCAAAGAUAUCGCUAGCUCUACCUCCAUCGUGAAUUGA